UUUGUUUUGUGAUGAAUAGGAGUUUAAAGCACAGAAGGCUUGGUCAGAUAAAUAUAUAAAAGGGAGAGAAAUUCAACGCUCUCUACUCGCAUCUCUGGACUUACGUUCUCACAGAACUUGACUUGCCUCCCCAUCCAUCACACCAAGAUGACUUUCUGCUACCAGACCCAGUGUGAGGACUCCUGCUACUCACCCUGCAACUAUGGGAAUGUGUACACCUACAGGACCUACGGCUGUGGAAGCCCCUGCAGCUACCGGACCUACGACUGUGGGAGCCCCUGUGGCUACCAGAGCUAUGGGAGUCUGUGCGGUUACCGUGACUGCUACCCCUCCUACAGCUCUCGCUACUGCUACCCCUACUCUUCUCGCUACAUCCGUAGAUACAACUAUGGGAGCUGCUACCCAUGCUAAACCCAGCCAUAGAACAACCAGAUAGGAAAUGAAAGGCAAAAUAGUAACAUUUGAAUUUUACCUUUUCUAAGCUUCUGUGAUAGCGACUGCAGUCAGGAAUGGUCCUGAGUGCUUAGCACCUCUCUUCAAUGUCUGCAGCUACUUUGAGUAACUUGCUAUUAAGGUGAACUCUUCCUUCAUAAGCUUUGGAUGUACUGUAUAGUUUGAGGUGUAGCUUUACAACAGAAGAUGCAGAGAGGAGAAGACACCUCAUCUUGCUACAUAAUGUGCUGACAGCUCUGCUCCUCACCAAACACCACCAUAGUUCCAAAAGCAUCUACUGUGCAAUCUUGUGACUCUUUAAAGGAUGUGUGAAUCCCUGAAUGUUUCUCUACUACUACAAGCUGUAACUGCUUCUUACUCUCAUUAAAAGAUCUUGCAUCACAAUA